CACGUGGAUCGUAUCUUGUUAAAUUCGCUGCGCCAUUAAUUGAAGAUAUAGCUGCGCUUAAGCCUCGUGAUAUUGUAAACCGUGUUCGCUCAGAAGUGGGAGCUGAAGCAUCAUAUAUGACAGCUUGGAGAAGUAGAGCUGCUAAUAAAAAACGUAAAGCGGAGGAAAUAGAUAGGAGUUAUCAAUGUAUUAAACCACUUUUUGACGAUUUACUUAUAGCAAAUCCUGGAAGCAUUACUUCAUUUGAGGUAGAUGAUGAAAAUCGAUUU